AAACCGCUUAUGCUGAAAGAGGUGCAAAAUGAAAGCCCUAAUAUACGUGAUAUUGUUCUUCUUGGUCACAAUCGUUCAAUCGAGAAGCGUCAAUGUUUCUGCGACUGCAACCGCUAAUAAGACUCGUGACAUCUCAUUCAUCGACAGUAUCUUAGAAGCUAUAUCUGAGAUUAUAUCAAAUGGUAGCCCCGAAGUAUCAGUACCCGAGGAUUCUUGGGUGCAUGUAGAGACAACAACCACUGAAGAUCCUUGGUGGUAUACAACAGGAUCUACAUCUUUAGCACCUACAGAAACUCCGCCGUUUACAGAAGAAUCCACAUCAAUCCAACCAUCAGAAGGUCCACAGUCAACAGAAUCAACCACUGGAAGUAGUUGGGGACCUUUAUCUACUGAUCCGAUUACAACAGACUUACCGACCGUAACAUCAGAAGCAACCAGUGGCAGUACUGUUACUACCACAGACGCAACGGAGUCUUCAUCUACUGUUAUUACCACAGAGGCAACGGAGUCUUCAUCUACUAUUACUACCACAGAAUCACCGUCGACCACAUUAGAACAAACAAGUGAAAGUGCUUGGGAGUCUUCAUCUACUGUUAUUAGCACAGACGCAACGGAGUCUUCAUCUACUGUUAUUACCACAGAGGCAACGGAGUCUUCAUCUACUGUUAUUACCACAGAGGCAACGGAGUCUUCAUCUACUAUUACUACCACAGAAUCACCGUCGACCACAUUAGAACAAACCAGUGAAAGUACUUGGGAGUCUUCAUCCACUGUUACUACCACAGACGCAACGGAGUCUUCAUCUACUGUUAUUAGCACAGACGCAACGGAGUCUUCAUCUACUGUUAUUACCACAGAGGCAACGGAGUCUUCAUCUACUGUUAUUACCACAGAGGCAACGGAGUCUUCAUCUACUAUUACUACCACAGAAUCACCGUCGACCACAUUAGAACAAACAAGUGAAAGUGCUUGGGAGUCUUCAUCUACUGUUAUUAGCACAGACGCAACGGAGUCUUCAUCUACUGUUAUUACCACAGAGGCAACGGAGUCUUCAUCUACUGUUAUUACCACAGAGGCAACGGAGUCUUCAUCUACUAUUACUACCACAGAAUCACCGUCGACCACAUUAGAACAAACCAGUGAAAGUACUUGGGAGUCUUCAUCCACUGUUACUACCACAGACGCAACGGAGUCUUCAUCUACUGUUAUUAGCACAGACGCAACGGAGUCUUCAUCUACUGUUAUUACCACAGAGGCAACGGAGUCUUCAUCUACUGUUAUUACCACAGAGGCAACGGAGUCUUCAUCUACUAUUACUACCACAGAAUCACCGUCGACCACAUUAGAACAAACCAGUGAAAGUACUUGGGAGUCUUCAUCUACUGUUUCUACCACAGACGUAACGGAGUCUUCAUCUACUGUUCCUAUCACCGAAACAACGACCGUAACAUCAAAAACAACCACUGAUGCGCCUACGUCGUCUACAACAGAAUCCACUUCAACCGAAACAACAGAACCUCCACUUCCACCGAGCGUUUCGUUCAUGUGCCGAACAUCCGGAAUGUACCCCGAUCCAUUCGACUGCCUCACCUACCACCACUGCGCUCGUAACGAGGAAGACGGCUGGAGUCAAAGCACGUUAAGGCACUUCACCAACAGAUGCAACUGCGGGUACGCGUACAACGCAAGAACCACCUUUUGCGACAUACCGCUAAGAAACAACACCUGCGACUCCUCCGUCGCUACCUGUGAACAUCAAGGGCAAAACGGCGCGUUAAGGCAGAAUCCCUCCCUGUAUUACAUCUGUCAGUAUCAUCCAAAUGGACCGUUGUAUCCGUUCGUCUACGCCUGCGACAAUGGAAAGAAGUAUAAUGCGUAUUUGUAUCUUUGCGAAUAAUUUUCUUUGCGAAAUAAAAAAUUUUGACGAAUCCAUUUUCAGUGUAGAGUAUAUUUUAUUGUAAUAGU